AUGGCGUAUGCCCUGGGGGAGCACUCCCCUGCUGCAGGACAGACUGUGCUCUGCCAGGCGCUGGCUGCUUACUCCGUGCCCUUUGCUAGGCUAGAUGCUGAGAACUUGGUUGCAACUUUGCCAAACAGGUCUGUGAUAUUUUUGUCUUCUCUGUCUGCAGAUAAAGAUCUACAGUUUCACAUUGUUAAGCAAGCUAGAGCUCAAAGUGCGAAAGAAGGUACAGGCUACAGCGAAAGAUCUUACUCAUUACUGCCUGUAGAAGUUCCUCAAAAUCACAAGCGUUUCACCUGUGACCUGACUCAAGCUGAUCGCCUUGCUCUUUAUGAUUAUGUUGUUGAGGAAACAAAGAAACAGAGGUCUAGAUCCCAAAUCACGGAAAAUGACAGUGACCUCUUUGUGGAUUUAGCAGCGAAAAUCACCCAAGAUGAUAGUCAGAAAGGUCCAAAGUCCCAUCUUGAAAUUCUGGCUGAAAUGCGAGACUACAAAAGGCGGCGGCAGUCAUACAGGGCUAAGAAUGUUCAUAUAACAAAGAAGUCUUACACUGAGGUGAUUCGGGAUGUGAUUGGUGUGCAUAUGGAAGAACUAAGCAAUCACUGGCAGGAGGAGAAUAGGUUGGAUAAUGCAGAGAUAUGUGAAGGAGGGAAGUCAAAAUCUUCAGGAAGAAAGGAAGACAGGCGGUCAGCUUCAGUGGACUCACGGCAGUCUGGAGAAAGCUAUAAGGAUACUGAACGCACCAGACAUAAGAGAGAGACCAGCAGGAGUCCAAAUAAACGAAAAAGGAGUCAUGAAAGAGGCAAAGACAGAGAUUCUCGGAGAAAAAGAGAGAGGGAUGAAGACAAAUAUCACAGCCAUAACAGAAGAAAGUAGAAACAAGAACCUGAUUAUUUUGUUUGUCAGCUGUUCAAAAAGUUUCCUGCACAGGAACUAUCGUUACUGCUGUUGUGCCAGGGACAGUAAUGCUGU